CCCCCCUACGUCGGGCAUAUAAAUAAUAACAUCCAAAUCUGGGUUAGCAUGUGGAGGGAGUACACUUCUGACACGUAGCUCGUUAGUUCCAUUUCCUAACAGAAGCCUUCUGGCAGACUCCUGUCCCUGUUUCUUCUUUAGCUCACAGUCUUGUCAGACAGCAGCAUGUCGGUCGACAGUGUGUUCAGGACCCGUUCUCUCGGUGUGGCCGCAGAGGGGCUUCCUGACCAAUAUGCCGACGGAAAAGCAGCCAAAGUAUGGGAGCUGUACAUUGGAGACACGCAGAGUAGGACUCAAGAAUACAAAAGCUGGGUGGUGUCUUUGCUGAAACAGCAAGGGGUGCAGAGAGUGCUGGAUGUAGCCUGCGGAACUGGAGUGGACUCUAUUAUGCUGGUUGAGGAAGGGUUUAAAAUGGUGAGCGUGGAUGCCAGCGACAAAAUGCUCAAAUAUGCACUAAAGGCAAGAUGGGAGAGGAGAAAGGAACCAGCUUUUGACCAGUGGGUGAUUGAGGAGGCCAACUGGCUGACGUUAUCAGAGGAUAUGCAGAAACCAGGAGAUGGCUUUGAUGCUGUUAUCUGCCUUGGCAAUUCAUUUGCUCAUUUACCAGACUUUAAAGGGGACCAGAGUGAUCAGAAGUUGGCCCUUCAGAACAUUGCCAGCAUGGUCCGACCGGGGGGGAUCCUCAUCAUUGACCACCGUAACUAUGACUACAUACUGGAGACUGGACGCGCACCACAAGGCAAAAAUAUCUACUACAAGAGCGAUCUAACUCAGGACAUCUCCACUUCAGUGUUGUGGGUAAACAGUAAGCCUCAUAUGAUCACUCUGGACUACACCAUCCAUGUGCCCCAGGCAACCCUCCAAAACCUUCCUGAAGUCAGUAAAUUCCGUCUGUCCUACUAUCCUCACCGUCUGGAGAGCUUCAAAUCUCUGCUGAACGAGGCCUUCGGUGGCAAAUUGGAACACAGCGUCUACGGAGAUUUCCAGACGUACGUCCCCGGCCAGACCAAGGCUCCAUGUUACUUCAUCCACGUCUGCAAGAAGACAGCCUGAGAGCACUGCCAACCAAAGAUACACACAUGCCAUCAAAAAAAAAAAAAGAUAAUAAUUUUUAAAAAUGUUCUCUGCACUCAGCAACCCCAAAAUGCUCUUACAGUCAUCUAGAUUUGGGCAAAACUAUAGUUUAAUUUUAUAUUUUCUGUCAGAGCUUUAAUAAUCAAAUAAAAAUACAUCAAACUUUAAGUAAAAUUCAGAAUUUUGAAAGAUACUUUUAGAGUUAUUAUGAUUCAUUUAGUGCAAAAUAUGACCAAAAUCACAGCGUUCCUUAAACCUAAAAUUAUACUAGAGAUCAUUCGUCGACAUAGAACAGAUCUAUUUACUACAUAAGAUGAAUGAAGCGUCUUAUUUUUCAAAACAGAUUCAUAAUAUAACGGACCAGCAUUUUGCUCAUUUCUGAUGCCUUCUUAUUACGCUGUGUGCUACUUUUGUGUCAUUGUUGUGUCUGUCUUCACCUUGCUUUUAUCCUGUCUGUAUUGUGUUGUUUUCAUGAACGUUUGGUGUUUUUUGGGUUUUUUUUCUUCCUAAAAUGGUGCUGUUUAUCCCACUUGCUGUUCACUUCAUUACCUGUUAUGUACAAAACUGACAGUUCUAUUUUGUAAAUUUACCACAAGAGUCUUAAAAACACAGAUAAUCAUUUGUGGGGUGGCAUAUUGUGUCUAUGGCCUGUUCUCAUUCUGGUUCAGUGUGGUAGCCCCUCCACGGGUCACCUGACAAUUUAACAGUGGUGUGUAUUAGUUCAAUCUGUGUGUAGCAUCACACAGGGCCCAAAAGGAAGUCUUAAUCUGCCUGUAAAUCUGUGAACCAUAGAAAAACCCAGGAUCAAACGUCCUCCAUCCCAAGGUGUCCUUGACUAUCAGCUCCAGACCUCACUGACACCGAACUCUGAUCUGAAACUAAGAAACAACACCAUAAAUCCACUAAAGCCAACAAAGAAACCAAGGCUUUUUUUUGGAUUUGGAUCAUUUGUUCUUUUAGCAGUUCAGAUUUUGUUCCACUCACUUAAGGUUUCAUAAAGGUAACGUAAAGUUUACAUCAUAUGAACCAAAAACAGACAUUUUAUUUUCUGAUCCUCACCAUCAGAGCCUACAGUGUGAAAGACUGAAGCAGUAAACUACAUCAUGUGUUACUAAUGUUUUAGUACCCCUCAUUUAUUCAGUGAACUGGAAAGUUGUUCUUGCAUCUUGUUAAAAAAAAAAAAAGAAA